CUUCCAGGGGUGUUUCCGUCUUGUCACAUCAUUCAUAUUUUUGGUACCAAGUACCCUAAUCAAACGAAACAGGGACGGCGAAAGGGUAUCAAUGGCGGAGAGCGACCAUCCCAGACUGAUACUGAAGAAUUUCUUAAGCACCGAAGAAUGCAGGGAAUUGGAAUUCAUACACACGAGCUGCAGCACAGUAGGGUACAGACCCAACGUCUUCUCAACGACUCUUUCUCAUCUCAUCGCCACUAAUUCUUCUCAUUUAAUAAUGGCUUUUGUUCCUAUCAGAGAGAGAUUGAAAGAAAAGCUUGAGGAGUUUUUUGACUGUGCGUAUGAGCUUGUUGUGGAAUUCACCGGCUUAAUAAGCUGGACUAGAGGAGCUAGUAUUGGGUGGCACAGUGAUGAUAAUAGACCCUAUCUCAAACAACGGGACUUUACGGUAGUCUGUUAUUUGAAUAGUUAUGGAAAGGAUUUUGAAGGAGGACUUUUUAACUUCCAGGAUGGGGAGCCAAAAACUUUUGCACCCACGGCUGGAGAUGUUUUGAUGUACACAGCUGACAGCCGCAACACUCAUUCUGUUGAUGAGGUAACAGAUGGGGAAAGACUAACUCUUACAUUAUGGUUCAGUCGUGAUAGUUCCCAUGAUGAGGAUGCUAAACUUAUUUCUAUUCUUUCACAACAAAACUCUCUGCAUAGUUCUGAUAACGUGUUUGAUAUGUGCAUACCUUUACCAGCAUCCAGUAACAUGUACUGGUUUGCUUCUGAUCAAUCUUCUAAUCAAGAGCUGGGAUUUAACAUAUGCUGGGCAAGAAUGCUGGUUCUUGGUUAUAGUAUUUAUUUUUCUCAGGAUAUGGACAGUUCCUCAGAUAUAUCUGAACUAAUGAUGGAGCCAUUGCAGUUAGCUAGGGGAGAUGAAUUGUUCUACAAAGAAUUCACCAACAUUCUACAUGCACUUCAGGUAGUGCAGUUUUUCAACUGGAAAGCCUUAGAAACCCAAACUUCAAAAGUUAAAUUAAGGGCUGGCAAAGUGUUACAAUUAUCACAAUCACAGCGGGAGAAAAUCAGUGGGCUAAAUUCAACCUUUUUAAAGGGCAAUCUAUGUGCUAGUUCAGUUUUCUACCAUGUGAGUAUUGAUGAGGAUGGGGAGCAUUCCUUUGAUUGGGCUAAGUUUUCUGCUGCAAUUAUGGCAUGGGAAGGUUAUAUUUACGAGUUACAUAAAGAAAUACUGGUUAGUUUACCAUUUUGGAGAACUCAUCAAUCAAUUUUCAGCAUUCCAUUUGAUGGGUCUUGAGAAUAAAGAGUACAAAGAAUUGUUGAACAAAUCACUGUGAUAGAAUGAAAAUGGUGUUGGGGAGACUGAUGUGUAUUCGGACCUAGAACUUUUGCUUAUUUAACUCGUGCUAGAACACAAAAAGUUUAGUAUAACUUUCAUGUGAUUAACAAGGUUUUAACUAUGAUUCAUUAUAGUUGAAAUUAGGAAUCCAUCUUGUCGGUAAUGUACCAUAAGGAAAGGAUUUUGAGGAAUCAAGUUUGAUGAGAACAGUGGAAAUUAAAAGAAUGCAUCCAUUCUGAAGGGAAUAGCCUAAUUGUUUCAAUCUCAUAUCAUUAACGCAAGAGAGAAGGAUCAAAGGCUGAUCAUAUCAAGAAGUGAACUUUGAAGGAUCGAUGGUUUUAUUCUUUAGAAGAUUGUAAAUCUAUUAGACCACCAAUCAAGUCUAUAGAAGAAAAAUUAAGGAGACAAAUUUUUAGGCAA